AUGGCUGCGGUAUUAAAAAAACGAGCAUUAGCAGAAUAUAACAAAUCAUUUCCAGACGGUCCUCCCACAAAAAAGCUUCAUUUAGCAAAGAAACCACUAAUAGGAAGUUCAGCAGCGGCAUUUGUAGGCUUAUUAGAAAAAUGCAAGUCAAGCGACGAGGCGCUGCAAUUUUUGUUGCGUAUCUCGGAUUGUUUGCAAUUUCAAGAGUCUGACGUGGAAGAAGCUAUAAAGAAGUUAUCGAAGCAUUUCCAGUCGGAAGAGGAGUCUGUUGUCAGGGGGAAGAUACUGUGGCUAUUUUGUGACAUUGGACUUGAAUGUCCUUAUGCAAACAUAAACAAUUUGAUUGAUGAAACCAUUCAUUUAAUAAAAAAUGAAACAUCACAUAAGGUAAUAGCGCAAGGCAUAGCCACAUUGACGAAACUAAGCAGCAAACUGAGUGAUGACAAGAUUCUUAUGAUGCGGCUGGUGGGAGUGGCCAAGGACAACCUCAAAGACACCAGCCAUCAAGUGAAGUGUAGGUGCUUGCAGUUGAUCAGUGAACUGUACCCUAUACAUCCAGAGGCAGAUAGAACCACAGAAAUGAUUGCCGAGUCUGAUGCAAUUGUUAAGCUACUUGGAGAUUAUUCUAAUGCUGAGGAUGCCAGAGUAAGAUGUGAAGCUUUCCAAUCCCUACUUACCCUGCAUGAAAGAGGACAGACAUUGAAUGCAAACCUGUAUGAUCAUGUUUGUGUUGCACUUACGGAUGAUUAUGAGAUUGUGAGGGAGGUGGCACUCAAAUUGAUUUGGGUGCUGGGCAACAAAUACCCAGAAAAUGUGAUAAGGUUGCAAGACGGCGAGACGACGAUGCGUCUUGUGGAUGACGCGUUUGUGCGCAUCUGCUCUGCUGUAAACGACCUGUGUAUGGGCGUGCGCGCGCUGGCGUGUACUCUGCUCGGCACCACGCGCGCUGUCUCCGACCGGUUCCUGUUGCAGACGCUCGAUAAACAGCUCAUGAGCAAUAUGAAGAAAAAGCGCAGUGCGCACGAGCGCGGCGCGGAGCUGGUGCGCAGCGGCGCGUGGGCGAGCGGGCGGCGCUGGGCCGACGACGCGCCCGGCGCGCUGGUGGCGGGACAUCGCGUCACGCUGCUGCCCGCCGGCGCUGCGGGCGCCUUCGUGCACGGGCUCGAAGACGAACUUAUGGAGGUGCGUUCUGCCGCUGUUGAUGCAGUCUGCCAACUGUCGAUGGAGAAUCCCACGUUCGCCACGACAUCAUUAGACUUCUUGGUGGAUAUGUUCAAUGACGAGAUCGAAGAGGUGCGCUUGCGUGCGAUCGACAGUCUCACGCGCAUCUCGCACCACAUUGUAUUACGAGAAGACCAAUUGGAAACUAUAUUGGGAGCUUUAGAGGAUUACUCAAUGGACGUGAGAGAGGGGUUGCAUAAAAUGCUCGGUUCGUGUACGGUCGCUUCGAAAACAUGUCUAGAAAUGUGCAUUGAUAAAAUUUUAGAAAAUCUCAAGAGGUAUCCACAGGACAAACGUUCCACAUUCCGAUGCGUACAACGGCUUGGCAGUUCUCACGCGUCCCUCGUAUUGCCAUUGACCACGCGGUUACUGGCAGUGCAUCCGUUCUUCGACAUGCCAGAACCAGACGUAGAGGAUCCAGCUUAUACUUGCGUGUUGAUCCUGGUGCUGAACGCGGCGCAGCACUGCACCACCAUGCUGCCGCUGUUCGAGGAGCACACCGUCAAGCACUACACCUACCUGCGCGACACCAUGCCACACUUCGUACCGCAGUUGCCUAUAGGCGACCAGCAGUACAGUGCAGAGAAAAUCGAGGCGGCAAUGGACGACAGCGCGGUGCGCAAGUUCUUCUCGUGCGUGUUGCAGCACAUCGACAACGCGGCGCUCUCCAACUCUGUGCGCCUCACCAUGCUACGUCACGCCGAAGAACAACUCAACAAGUUGUCGGAGAUGGAGCCGGCGGCGCAAGGCGCGGCGCAGUUCACGGCGGUGGCGGCGCGCGUGCUGCUCGCGCUGCACUCCGCGCCCGCGCCUGCGCCCGCGCAUGCGCUCCGCGCGCUCACCACCGACUGUCUGCGCCUCCAACAUCAGUUCACUGGGGUCUCGGAGCAAGAAAACGCUCAAGUUUGGCAAUUGGCGUUACGAGUGUGCGCUGCCAGAUUGUACGCGACGGCUGUGCCUUUACAAACGACUCACGGCGCGACUACGCCAGGAGGGCCAGGCUCGACGCCUGCCACCCCAGGCCCCUGCACGUCUGGCACAUCGGCCACAGCUGCAGCCCUGUCUGCCGUCGCAGCGCUUACGCAUCAUGCCGAACAGUUGGACAGAAUGUUGGCGGCAGCUGGCGUCGAACCCGACCCGUUCACGAUCGCAGUGUUCCGGCACUUGUCGAUGAACGCGGACAACAAGCCGGCUGCACUGGCGCGGGCGCUCAUGCCGCUGCUGCAGUCCGCGCCGCUGCCCUCCAUUCCCAGGCCUAACCUUAAGAUCCGCAUGACGUCGGCGCGUAUCGUCGAACCGGCGGCGGAGAGCGACACGGUGGUGCGCUUCAGCGCGGGGCUGGUGGCGGGCGUGGCGCUGGAGGCAGAGGUGCUGCGUGUACGGGCGGCGCGGCGACUGCGCGUGCGCGUCGCCUACCCAGACCGCCGCGUUCACGCGCUUCUGCCUCAUCACGACCAUCUGCGACCGCUCGACCACCAUGAAACCAAUGAUGAUGGAACUCAAAAUCUGCGUUUACUUACAAAAGUGCUAAUAUCUCACGGUGUAUGGACGGAGCCAUGUGGCGUCGAUAUUUCGAUAUGCUUAGCUGUUGAAGAUGGCAGCAGCAGGGAGCCCGCGCCUCUAAUAGAACUGUGCAAGCCCGUGCGAGUUACAGUCGCCCCCAAACCUAUCAAACGGGGCAUAUAGAAACCGCACUUAGGACUGUUAGCAACAAGGAUGCCUAUAAAAGAAAUAUUUUGUAAGAUCUAAAUGUGAUGAGGUUUUUUAAGUAUAGAUUUUUGAUUUUUCUAGAUCUCCCAGUUGCACCUCAUCAAAGGUAUUGAAAUUUGAAGUAAUUAAGAAGUGUUUUGAAAUUUGAAGUAAUAAAGAAAUUUGAAGUAAUAGUUUUGUAAUAAUCAUUCCAUACAAAAUUGAUUACAUAAUAUUAUUUAAGCAAGAAAAUUGAGACCAAAAUAUUAUAACACAUUAUUGAAUAUUAUACUUCUGUAAAAUUUCUAUCUGAUUGUCACACAUUUCAAAUGUUAAUUUGGAUACCUAACAGCAAUUAUGAUUAACAAAAACUUGUCAUGAGUCAUUGAUUGAAACAUGCGUAUAUUGUUAACUGUAUGAUGUGUAUUAUGUACUUUUUUAGUAAAUAUAUAUAACUAAGAAUCUA